GACUGUGUUUGGACAUUUCACCAUGUCUACAUCUCACAGUUAUGUUAACGAUCAGUUCACACUAACAGUUCUAACUGCAUGGUCCAUCUUCUCUCUGCUUCUAACCACCGUCCUCUCUACUGGUAUUGUAUCAAGUUUGAUCCUGCCGAUGUAUUCGUCCCGUGUCGACACUCUCAAACAGUUGGUGGAAGGAGGAUAUUACUGGACGGCUCAGUAUUACAUCGAAUUUGUCAGUGAAGAUUUAAAAGCAUCAAUUUUUGAUUUUCAGAACAAAAGGCACAAGCUUUAUGAGAAGAGAUACAAGUACAUGACAGAAAAUGCAGUCAGCGCUGCAAUGUAUACCGAUAAGAAAAUGACGAUGAUAUCUCAGGUGUUAAACAAUGAUUUAGUAGUGUUGGAUACAGAUGGUACUGUAGGACACGAGGCUUUGAAGCUGUAUCGGGUAGCAAGAGAAAGUCUUGGCAGAGGGCAUAUUUCGUUUGGAGUCGAGAAACAUUCGCCUAUGUUGGAGCCUUUGACAAUAAUGACCAUGAGGUUUAUGGAGGCUGGUCUCUUGCGUGAGUGGAAGUUUCAAGUGCUCUAUCGCUGGCCAUUGUUUAACACAAGACAUCUCCUAAUAGAGAAUGAUGUUCCUACCUUCGGUCAACCAGAGGUAAUGCCCAUCUCCAAGCUUCGUCCACUAUUCUACAUGCUGACUGCUGGCCUCAUGUUUGCCUUCAUAAUUUUUUGUCUUGAAAUACUCUGGUAUAAUGGUUAAGGGGACGUUCUUCUUCUAAUUUCAUUUAGAUUCAGUAACUACAGUGCUGUUUAUACAUAAAGUGUUUUUAUAAUUUGUUAUACACAUUUUAAAGUUUUCAAUAUCACUGAUUGCUGAGUUUUUGUAAAGUUACAGAGGUUUUAGAGACACCAAUAAUUAGGCUACUGUAACAAAUGAUUUGAACGGAAGGAACAUGGUAAACUUCUUGCAGGACAAUACCAUUAUCUACUUGUCAGAGUAAUUAAUUGUUAAAUGAUUUUAUAAAUUACGUCUUUAUGAAUAAGUAAAAUACAGGAUCACCAUUUUUAAAGUUUUAAAAAUGUUUCGAGUGUGUUUUCAAAGAUAACAAAAAUUAUCCUUUGAGUAGA